GCCUCCGUCCGCGUCCAGGCAGCGGUGGGGAUGGCGAGCUGCGGAGCCGGGGUGGUGACGAGCACAGUGGCUCCGUCAUUGGGCGAGGAGGCCUGAGGGACGGGCUGGCUGGGUGCAUAAGGACACCACAACCCGCGGCCCCGGCAGAGCGAGGCGAUGGAGUCCAACGUGCAGAAGCGGAAGGAGCCCGCCAAGUCCCUCCGCAUCAAAGUCAUCUCCAUGGGCAACGCCGAAGUGGGGAAAAGCUGUAUUAUAAAGCGCUACUGUGAGAAGAGAUUUGUGUCUAAAUACCUGGCAACCAUUGGGAUUGACUAUGGAGUCACAAAGGUCCAAGUCAGAGACAGAGAGAUCAAAGUUAACAUCUUUGACAUGGCUGGACAUCCUUUCUUCUUUGAGGUCCGAAAUGAGUUUUAUAAGGACACACAAGGUGUGAUACUGGUCUAUGACGUUGGACAGAAAGACUCAUUUGAUGCCCUUGAUUCAUGGCUGGCAGAGAUGAAGCAGGAGCUUGGGCCUCACGGGAACAUGGACAACAUUGUCUUCGUUGUUUGUGCCAACAAGAUCGACUGCUCCAAACACCGCUGCAUCGAUGAAAGUGAGGGGCGUCUCUGGGCUGAAAGCAGAGGGUUCCUGUACUUUGAAACAUCAGCACAAACUGGCGAGGGAAUCAACGAGAUGUUCCAGGUAACCAGGGAGGAAGUUAAUAAGGCCUACCGGAAGCUGGCUGUGCUGCUUCACCCUGACAAGUGUGUAGCACCGGGCAGUGAAGAUGCCUUCAAAGCUGUUGUGAAUGCCCGGACAGCCCUCCUGAAAAACAUCAAGUAGAGGCAGAGGCUACUACAAGCGAGCUCAAGUGAAAACAGACUCCCCUUGAGGUGAAAUAACCAACGUGGAGUUUUCCUUCAUGAAUGCUCACGGUUGUGUUCCCUCGUGUGUAAGUUAAUAGUAUGGGUGCCUGUUACCAUGUUGUGGUCAUUUCUCAGUGAGAUGACCGCUUUUGUGUGAGAGAUAACCCGCAUCUCUUAUGCACUUCAUUUCUUAUUGCCAGAUAACUAGGUGUUUGUUGUUGUGUCAUCGCUUAUGCAUUCACCUGUGAAAGUCCAUGACUGUGACUCACCUGAGCUUCCUCCCCGCAACCCUCCAUCCAUCCAUCUGCCCACCAUCAGAGAAGGGAAUAACAACAGGAGAGAGAAUGAGCCCAGCCCUGGGAGCCUGCCUGCACCCCACUGAGCGGCUUCCUGGUUAGUAUUUUAACCAUCAGCCUGUAUAGUUAGUAGCCAGACAUGGUGGAGGAUGAGGCAGGAGGAUUGCGAGAUAGAGGCCAGUCUGGCUUAGAUUACUUGGCAAGACUUUCAAAGAAAAACAGGCAACCUUGUAGAAGAAUGAUGUGAGCUGACACUGUUCAGUUUACCUGCCCUUUUAGGACACUGACUCUGUUCUUUCUCCAGCCACCAGGGGGAGACAAGCCAGUGCUAAGAGAGAGGCAGUGCCAGCCACAGGAGCUGGAGAACCUGAAGCUCAUCCUGGAUCCCAGGUCUUUGCUGCCCUA